GAGUACUCUGCCGAUAUUGGAUUCAAGAAGUUGGACUAGAUCCUGGAAUAGCAACCAUGCUGUUGUAAUUAACUUCUAAAUCUUACAGAUAAAAUGACUGAGUUCGACGAGAUGGAGGAGGCGUACUCAGACUCGGAGCAGGAUACUGAUGACGAGUUAAAAGAAGCAUUUGCCUCCGGUCUGUUGAAGCCCGGGAUGAACCUAAUGGGGGAACAGGUCGUGAGAGCUCCGCCUAAAAAUAAUAUUCCUGCUCUACAACAAAAACUAGUGGAUCUCAAGAAAAAUUUACCUUGGGUGGAGAGAUUGGAUAUGAUAAAUGCUCCUGCUCCUAUUGCCCCGGAACUAGCGUAUAAAGAAGAACAACACAGCAAGGAGCGACAAAGAGAACUCAGAAUUGCAAAGGAUAACACAAAUAUUGAAGAGGAUCUUGUUCAUAAUGAUUUCAAGCGUGAGAUGUUAUUUUACAGACAAGCUCAGUCAGCUGUAUUAGAGGGUAUUGCAAGAUUACAGAGUAUGAAUAUCCCCACCAAGCGACCUGAAGAUUAUUUUGCACAGAUGGCUAAAACCGACGAUCACAUGCAGAAGAUCAGACAGAAGCUGCUCUCCAAGCAGCAGGUUCAGGAGAAGGUUGAGAAGAUCAAGAAGCUCCGUGAGCUCAAGAAGUACGGGAAGAAGGUUCAGGUCGAGGUUCAGCAGAACAGGCUGAAGGAGAAGAAACAGCUGAUGGAGAACGUGAAACAGUUCCGGAAGGGAAAAACUGAUAAUUUGGACUUUCUUGAAAACACUCCAGGGAAAGGUGGAAAAGACGCAAAACCAUCAGAAAAACGUGUGAACGGAAAACGGAAGUUUAAAGAUGAAAAGUUUGGAUUUGGCGGGAAGAAGCGUGGAGCAAAGAGGAAUACAAAGGACAGUAACAACGAUAUGUCGGAGUACAAACCCUUCCGUGGAGCCGGGAUGAACAAGAAACUAGGGAAGGGAAACCAGCGGCCGGGAAAGGAUAAACGAAAGCAGAUGAAAAACAAGAAUAAAAAGAAGUAAUUAUAUAUUUCAGA